UAUUAAGAUGGAUGACACAUCUCCACUUCCUGCCACUAUCCAGACAUUCUGGAUAUGAAUGCUGCCAUUUUACUCUGAUGACGUCUUUUGGACCCCGAGUCUGUGCCGUAGCGAUCUGGGGAGGGUGCCGCGGCGUCAAGGUGCUGUUCGAUUCACCCACUGGACCAAGUAGAGCAUGGCUCUGCAGGCGGUGAAUGGGAGCGUGCUGGAGGUGUCGGCGGGAUGUGCAGAGCAGGGGAACCUCAGCGUGGGAGUCAACAUCAGCUGCAGCAACAGCUCCAACCUCCCGAGACCGGUCACCAGAGUCAGAGAGAUGGACUCGCUGCGCAUCCUGCUCUACGUGCUCAUCUUCCUGCUCAGUGUCUUCGGCAACCUGCUGAUCAUUGUGGUCCUGAUGCUGAAUAAGCGCAUGCGGACCGUCACCAACUCCUUCCUGCUGUCGCUGGCGGUCAGCGACCUGAUGAUGGCCAUCUUCUGCAUGCCCUUCACCCUCAUCCCCAACAUCCUAGAGGACUUCAUCUUCGGGGCCUCCAUGUGCAAGACCGUCACCUAUUUCAUGGGGAUCUCUGUCAGCAUCUCCACCUUCAGCCUUGUGGCCAUUGCCAUAGAGAGAUACAGCGCCAUCUGUAACCCGCUGAAGUCCCGCUCGUGGCAGACUCGCUCCCACGCUUACCGUGUCAUCGCCGCCACAUGGGUGGUGUCACUGCUAAUCAUGGUGCCGUACCCGGUGUUCAGCAACAUAAGGACUUUCCCCAAGGCCAACGGCACUGUCGGUCACAUGUGUCGCCUGGACUGGCCCAGUCAUCAAGCUGAACAGACCUGGUAUGUGCUGCUGCUGUUCACUCUGUUCUUCGUCCCGGGAGUGGUGAUGAUUAUAGCAUACGGUCUGAUCUCCAGAGAACUCUUCCGAGGCAUGCAGUUUGAGCUGGGCCAGAACACGGAGACCUCCGGCCAAAAAAACGGUGUAGGCAGGGCGGCUGCGGCAGGGACGAACGAUGAUGACGACGGCUGCUACAUCCAGGUGGCUAAAAAACCCUCCUCUGCUGUGGAGCUCCCCACCCUCUCUGCCCCGCCUGCUGCCGCCCAGGCCAAGCCUGAGCGCGCCCGCAGUAAUACCUCGGAGGCCAAACUGCAGGCCAAGAAGCGAGUCAUCCGCAUGCUGAUGGUAAUCGUAGCGCUCUUCUUCAUCUGCUGGAUGCCUCUGUACUCAGCUAACACUUGGAAAGCCUUUGACCUGAGGUCAGCCUCCAGAGCGCUCUCAGGAGCGCCCAUCUCUUUCAUCCACCUGCUUUCCUACUCCUCCGCCUGCGUCAACCCCAUCAUUUACUGCUUCAUGAACACACGCUUCCGCAAGGCCCUGGGUUCCACCUUCGCCUGCUGCUGCAACAAUUGGCUCUGCCGCAAGUGCUUCUGCUGCAGGAAGAGAGAAGCAGGAGAAGAUGGCUUCACCGCCACCUCCAUGGCCACGACGAUGGCCACCUCCAUGUCCAAGAUCAGCUACACCACCGUCAGCACCACCGGCACCUGAUGAACGAGCCUGGCGGAGAGCUGGCUGUCACAGCAGUGGUUGUCGGACAGCGGUUACUGCGUGCACCAUCUGUUCUUUCAAUCUCCCGUUCAAGUUCCCGUUCUCAUUCUUCAUAUUACUAUGUUCUGAGUCAUGCCCUGAGUAAUAUCCCUUCCCUCAUUCAUGAGAUCGUUUCUAAAGGUCUUGCUCAAAUUCUGUGUGCAUGAUUGCAGAAUAGGAUGGCGGGGAAGCGCUCUUCUCUUAAAUUGGCAGCAUCCACUUUGUUGCACCCUGAACCGAACAUCAAGUGCCUGUGCUUUUUGUGUGGCUUUCAGCGUGGUGGGUUGUUCACUGGCUGAGACGGACAUUUUGGUGGGAACGACACUGAAAAGACAAAUCCUGGGUACAUAGAAACACUGUCUUUAUGUUCUGACUGUGCCAAAGGUUAUGUUCUGACAGACGGGCUGAUGAACACUGAGGAAUCAUCGACUCAGUAACAAAUCAGCUUGGAUUUCAGAUCCUUUUUUGUUAAAUAUUUUUUCACCUUCAUUCAUUCAGGGUAUCUCUCUCUCUCUCUCUCUCGCUCAAAUUAUUUUAUUGAACUUUGCACAGUUGGCUCUCAUGUUUUUGAACUCAAAGAAAUCAUCAUUCUUGCCUUCCUGUGAGAAAGUCUUUUGCUCUUAUUGUGGUAUUUUGCUUUUCUUUCCUGAAAGUAUACAACACCAAAAACAUUCCAUUUCCUGUAUUUGGGUGAUUCUGUUGGCCUCUUACUACUGCCGGGAUGUUUUGACCCUCGUGCGGAGCCUCUUUGUGAUUCAGGGGGAACAUCUCCGUGCAUCUUUACACUGUGUAAUCAUCUUGAAGAUAAACAUGAGACUGUAAUUUAGCCUUAUCCUGGCAGGCAUAAAAUAAGAAAGUCAGGUUUAGAGAACCAGGCUGAUCCACCCUGUGUGGAUUUUUAAAUCUCCUGCCCGUGCCUGCUACAAAGAGUAUUUGAAUGCUGAUGCAGACAUUAAUAUUCAUAAUCCUUAUUAAUGUGUCAAUUAGCAGUUAGCACAUAACCCACCCAUUAAAAGCUGAUUGUACCUGCUUGUUGCUCCAGUCUGCCCCUCCUACCGACGACACAGGAAAGUGCUCCAGUCAAACACACCUUUUCUGCUCCAUUAUCUUUGUCUUUGUACUCUCUGCCUUCCACUGCAGCGCUGCCAAUUAUUCCAAGCAUUACCUAAGUACAAAGCCCGUGUUUCCAGGCUUAGACUAACGAGGUGUUUCUCAGGGGCCCUCUCCCGCAGAGCCAACCUCAUGGCUUUGCCUUUGUGAAGCUGACAGCUAAUGUCUCCCCUCCCUCUCUAUCUGAGCGCCUUCAAUUCUUUGAUACAGUAAUAAUAACAACCCUGAUUGAAAAAGAACCUUUGCACAAAGCACGUAGCUGAAAGGGGAACCGGGAGAAUCAGACAAAAGAAGAUGGUCAUGCAAAAACAGAACGAAAGCAAACUACGUCUGAGGCUAUUAAAUUGUAAAUUGAUCAUCAUAUCUUCCAGCAGAAAAAAACUACAAUCCCUGCUUUUGUGUUUAGCCAUUUCACACAGGGACAGUGAAACUAGGGGAAUCGACUUGUGACCAUGCUUCAGCUCUGCGAGAGCCUGACAAUGGCCGACCGAGAAAUUCCUCCGACGACAAAUGACGCACGACGAGGUUGAAAAGCGAUGCAGCUCCUUAAAACGAGUCAAAUCAAAUCACUCGGUGUAUGCCUGGCUUUAGCUUGCUGCUAGUUUCCUGAUAUACAUUAAUUUGGCAGUUUAUUAGGAACACGGUUAAUUCAACUGGUCAAUUUUGAGGAUGUAGUCGGGGGUGUUAUUAAUAUGUUCUGCGUUAUACAGAAAUUGCAUUUAUGCAAUUUCUGUAUAAUUUAUGUAAAUUGCAUACGUCUUUUUGCCAGAGUUGCACGGCCCAUUAGGAAUAAAACCCCAGAUAAGUAAUAACUCAAGUUUCCCUUUAAAUGCCUCUUGAAACAUACAUACAGCAGUUUUUUAAUUUAUUUAAGAGUUGUAGAUAAGAUGACAAAUAUUGAAUUAUGCCAAAGAAUGUUCUCAUGAUAGUGUCACAGUGAAUAACUAUAAAUCAUCCACAUUUUACCAUUGGCAUCUGCAGCACAAAAAUGUCCUGGAUUUGUUUUAAGCAGUGUGAUGUAAUACUUUUAUCCUGCAUACGUUGGAUAAAAGUAUUACUUUGAAAGCUUAGUGCUGCAUCCCCAACCACUUUUAAGUUUGUUCCUCUUUUUCAUGUCCUCCCGUCGCCCAGCACUCCCCCGUCCCUGCACCACCACCCUUUCAUCCUUUUUGCUGCGGAGGCGUACGAAUACAUGAAUGACAAUAGCGUGUGGGUGACAGCGAAGAUUUGCAGACGCAGGCACUGUCCGAGAGCAGUUUACAGGCGGCAGCAUAGGAGGUGGCAAGUUCGUCUCACAGACGGACAGUUGGCACACAGAAGAUCCCGGACUGGGCCCCCCACGUAAACACUCUCUGGCAGCUUCCAGACGAUAAGUGAUUAUCAUGCCUUUGCCAGCGCUUGGUGCUAAACCUGUGAAUUUAUGGCUUGAAGGUGUUUUUUUAUUCUGUGUCCUGUAGAUUUACAUCUUCACGGAAUAAAUCUCAGUCUCUGCUCAAGUGCAUUAAGAAUUAACAGUGCAAAAACGUAGCCCUGCUCAAGUUCUGGUAAAAGCCUCCCAGAGAGACUGAGACAUGCUCUUAAAGAUGAACUGUUUUUAUUGAAUUUUAUAUCUUUUCUGCUGUUCCCCUCAGCAGGUUUAAACUUGCAUUAUUGAAUAGAGAAAAGCACCCACUCCCAGAGCAGCUACUUUCUGUUUUACUUUAAUGCGUUUGCCCCCUGUUUCGGAUGCCGUAGAAAUGAUGCCGCUGCUAGUGCUGAUGUCUCCUUCCUCGCUUGAAUUCCCUCUGUUAUGUGGCCAAGAUGGCGUCAGGGUGAGAAUUUAUGUCCAGCUUUACCAUUUAAACUUUGUGCUAUCAUGCACUCAAAAACAAGUGUGAAUAGGGGAAGUGCACUAAUUGAGACGCAGCAGAUGUAUCCUGAAACAAACAGCGGGCUGCAAAACAAACUGAUUUCUGUUGCAAGUUUGCAUUCUCUUAAAAAACUACUUAAAAUGCUAUUCCAGGGGUGAGAAACCUAAUUCUGACCCUGUCCCCAAACAAUACCUGAUGCUAAUUGAAAUUGGAAUGAGAUGGAGGCAAGGGACCGUGCACACAGUUGGUUUCCCCCUUAUCUCUACCUCCCUCAAUAAGAACCCAAUUAGGUGCCUUAGGCUGCUCAUGAGGAGGAAACCGCAACACAUGGAGCAUUUUCAUGAUCUCGGUGCACAAAGAAAGUGAAAGCACAAAAUAUAAACUGCAGUGUCAUAGUUCAGCUUUCUCCAAACACUGCCCCCCUGUAGGAGCCUGCAGGUGGAUGCUGGGGUGAGGUGGGGCUGCAGGGCAGCAGAAGUGGUGCAGGGCAGCACAGGCAUUGACAGGCAAAGAGAGAGAUGGAUAAUCUUUGCAGCUUAAGGAAACAAGAUUUUUCAAACUCUUCAUGCUGCUCAUUCUGAUUUUGCUCUUAGUUAACCUCUGAUUUGUAGGAUUUUCUUUUUUAAUGAAGAAUCACUUUCUCCAAGGAAUCUCAAGGUCACCUCUAGCUUCCAAAAUCCUUACCUAAAAAUGCUAGUGGUAAUUCUUAGUUCCUGAAAAGUUGACUUAUACAAGUAACCAGAUUUUCAGCCAGCAGCCAAGUUUGACAAAGGUCUCAUAAGUAAAUUAGGAGUUAUUUCUCAAUAAUUUAUAAUGGCUUCCUGGAGGAAGGCUGCAAGUAAAAUGUGCCUCUGAUGGAUAUUUUUAUGUUGUUCCCUUGCAGAAUAAUUCAUAAUUAUAAAGUGAUUUUUGUAGGUUUGCCUCAGGCACAGAAUGACAUAUUUUGUUUUGGCCCACAGGUACUGCACCCUGGGUGUUUCACAAGAUGUGAGAUGUCAAAGAAUCUGCUCUCAUCUGGUCUUUUUCAUGUUGGUAUUUUUUCUCAGCUUGACAAGUUCUGUAAAAAAAAAAAGGGAACGUGGUAGAUUUCUCUGCUCCUCCUCCUUCUCCUCUAAGUUUGGGAAGAGUAUGUAAGAGCUGUUCUUUUCGAGACGCUUCUUUAAAGCCUUCUGAGGGAAUAUCGAAUGUUUUAUUGUGAUGUCAAGUUUAAGUCUCGGCUUCAAGGGAGAAAAACCUACAAGUAAACAAACUGAGAAAUCCUGAGGUGAAGAGUCGGCGCAGAGAUGAGGUGAUGAAAUCACAUAUUUAGCUCUUUUGAGCAUUGGAAAGCCUCUGAGGCUGGAGCUGUCCGUGUUCGUGCGUCUAAAUGCGCUAAAUGUUUACUGAAGCAGUCUCUAUGGGUCUGCUGAAUUCUUUUAUAUCAUUUUACCACAUGUGGUGCCUGCUUGUGCUACAUUAUAAUAGCAUAAAAUAUGUAAUUGUCCGUCAGUUGAGCAAGAAACUCGUUUAAAUGUGAGGUUAUCGAUGUUUGUGAUGUUUUGCUUUCACUGUAUCUUCUGUGUGAUGUAAUUAUUAUGAUGCCGUCUUGUUAUUCAUGGUUUGGUUCAUGGUGACUGGCAACACAUACGGUGUUUUUCAUGCUAAAUGUCCAUUAUUUAACACAAAAUAAAUAUUGGGGUAAAAACCUGA